AUGCAGGCGGACACCGUCCGAAGAGUGGACAACAAAGCCCUCCCGGUGAUAUCGAAGAUCAAACGGGUGAUAUAAAAGAGCACGGCUGAACGCCUCACACGGUCGCCUGUAUGUGUCUUGUAGAGGAACAUCCACGCUGCGGUGAGAGCUGGUCACCUGACAUCCGUCGGCGACCGUCGCUCAGCUGAUCAAGCUGCACGGAGUGAAAAUCCUUGACGAGAAAGAAUUUGAGUGCCUCUGCCGCUGCCAAAAUGUAAUAGCACUUCGACUCCCUUGCACUUGCAGCAGGAUCACUCGACUUGAGUAUACUGCAGGUUGGCGACACACCUUUCAUCGUGGCCGCACAGAGGGGUCACGUGGGCAUCAUGUCGGUCAUGUAUGAGAGCAGACCUGACGUCCUGCAGCAAACAGACACCAAGGUACCAACACAGCCAAAUCAUCAGGUGUGCUGCCGUUGGUGAUGAUGAGAUGUGUGUUGGCUGUGAUGAAAUGCAGAUUGGCUACACGGCCAUGCACUAUGCGGCAAAGAGGGGCCAUCUUGCAGCCGUUAAUCAGCUGCUGGAGUGGGAUUCCAAACUGCUCGACGCACACAGCAGCCGUGUAACAAACCACACACACAUGUCUCUGACCCAGUGUGCCGAUUGUGUGUGUGUGCUGAUCCAGAUGGGCAUGACCCCAUUCCUCACGGCCGUCACCCAUGGCAAAGUCGAUGUGAUGGAGGCCAUGUAUGCCAAAGGAGGAAAAAAGCUCCUCACGCAGACCGACGCUGUGAGACACACAGAGAGUAUGUCUCUCAUCUGAUCUAUUGCCUUUCCCAUGCCGCACACAGCGUCGCUGGACGGCACUCCAUCGUGCUGCAUACGGCCGUCACUCUGCAGCUGUUACUCAGCUGUGAGGCUCAGAUGAAUGACGGAAAUACCCCAUCUCCACUCUCUCUCCUUGUGAUCCUAGGCUGGAGUGGGGUGGCGGUGCUUUCCUUGACAUCAAAGGCAGAUUCGUGAGUGCACACAGAAAUGCACACCAUUGCUCAUCUCGUCUUGUGACGACAGGGGAGGACGCCCUGGGACUAUGCGAACAAACGGGACAGAAAGAUCAUGGAGAAAUACAGACGGUAGUCACUGUGUGGCCGGUGUGAACGCACAAUCAAUACAUCAACAGGGAGACACGCAGGCAGAGACACACUAGGUAGAUUACGUUCGUUGUUUGGGGGGCUGCAGGCUCGGCAAGAAGCCCGGUGAGGGGGUCUUCACGUUUCCUGACGGCUCAACCUGGGAGGGCCAGUGGACGGGCGGCGACCUGCAAGCAUCCGGGACGUACAAAUGGACCGACGGCCGCAUGUACAUCGGACAGGUCAUACGCAGCACACUCAACCCCUGCUUGCUUGCUGCCGCAUCAUUUCUGUCUUCUGGCUUGCCCACCCGCCUGCGUGUGUCUUAUGCCGUGCAGUAUAAUGAUCGCGGCGAAAUGCACGGUGAGGGUCUCAUGGAGUUGCCCGACGGACGCCGCUACGAGGGGAAAUACCGCCAUGACUUUAAAGACGGAUGGGGCAAACUCUCGUGGCCCGACGGCCGCUGCUACGAGGUGCGUGAGAGACUCAAAUCCCUUAAACCACUUCAUCAUCUGUGUCCCUUCUGCUUUUCAGGGCACGUGGAAGGCCGGCAAGCUGUACAAAGGGACAUAUACCACUGCAACAGGUAAGCGCACACGCAGACAGCUCAAGGAGUUGUGUACGGAUGUCAUUCGUGCAGGUGAAUCGAGAAACAACUUGCACCUGGUUGGCAAAGGUGCGGGACUCCCGACGAUACACAUAUGCAUGCAGGAGGGAGAUCGUCAAUAAUUUUUUUCUUAUGAUCUCUUGAUCAGACGUCAGUAAAGACGACGCUUCUGCCAAGCUGCAUAUCGAGGACGUGAGAGAGAGGCAACAUAUCGGCUACACCGCACGCCAAUGAACUAUCGAUAUCAUUGUCGUGUGUCAGACUGACAUCUUCGAUGCCGUCGAUGCUGGCUUUGAUGCCGAUGAGGAGUCGGUUCGUUUGCUCAUCAGCAAGGACGGCAAUCACAUUCUCGACAAACGAGACGAGAGCAAGUUGAAGGUAUGCAGUCGUGAAGAUGACAGGAAUGCAGUCAGUGGUCUGUCUGUGUGUUCUCAUUUCUGCGCACAGUUGACACCCUUCCUUCGAGCUGCGUUAAGGGGUCUCGUGGGCAUCAUGUCGGUCAUGUAUGAGAGCAAACCUGACGUCCUGCAGCAAACAGACACCAAGGUGUCGACACAGCCAAACCAUAUUGUGUGCUGCUGUAGGUGAUGAUGAGAUGU